AUAGAGGGGAAGGAGAGCCGAGGACUCUUAGUUCUGCUGGCAGCUGGAUCCAUCUCUGACAGGAGCCCCAGGAAUUGGUGCCAAACACCAUGCCUGCGAUAGUCCCCAAGAGCAAAGCCCCAGGGGCUGACUUCUGUGGAGUGAACAAAUAUUACUACGUCGUCCGCUCAGACCUGGGCUGCUACAUGAGGUCGACCAGUUUCAAAGAAGGAAAAGAUCUGAACGUGUAUAGUCUGCACCCCUCCUGCCAGGGUGGGGAGCACUAUCUCGCCCACCAGGAUGACCUCUUCUACAUCAUCAAAGGAGGGGCUUAUCGCCGUGUGUCCAACAUGAACAUGGACGCGGAAGCCAUAGUCUACAAUCUCCACCCCAGUUGCCAGGGAGGAGACCAUUAUCUCUCAGCCUUUGGGUACUUCUACAUCAUCUUCCAGAGCAAGGGCGUCUACCGCAGGGUCACUAACAUGAACACCAAUUCUGAUGCUGUCGAAUACAGCCUUCACCCAUCCUGCAGAGAUGGCCUCUAUUACUGGGGCAUCAAGGACUAUUAUUAUUUCGUCAAGCCCCAUGACAAAUGGGGGAUCCAGUAUUACCGAACCACCAAUUUCCACGAGAACACGGAUGCCGUAACCUAUUCCUUCCACCCUGAUGUGAUCAACUUCCUCCCUGGUGGGCUGGCUAUCACCCAGGGUUCAGCUUUUGGCACCUGGGAAGCCAUCAAGACCAUCUCCAAUGAUUCCAACACGCCCAUCACCUGGAACAAGAAGAUCACUAGGAAGGUGGGCUAUGCCAAGGAGAAGAUGAGCAGCAUAGAGCACAACUGGAGCGUGAGCAUCUCAGCAUCAUACCAGUCAGGAGCCCUCACUGAAGCCAUUGCCAAGUACCAGUUCUCCCUCACAGCUCAAUAUGGUGGGAAAAGCGUCAACACGGAGCAGGAAAACUGGAGCGAGGCCACUGAUGUGGAAGAGUCUGUCAGUCUGACCCUGCAGCCGAAAGAGAAGAUCUACAUAUGGCAGUACCAGCUGGGCCUGGGCAACAAAAGCAUCUUGUUCUGCCGUGACAUGAGAUUCAACGACAAUCCAAAGCCACCUACUGAAGUCCCCCUGCCACCUUCUAACUAGUGAUCUGAAAUGGGGAGCCCCCAGGAAUACCUAAGGGCCCGCUCGCUGCCUUGCGGUGUUGCUAAGUAUUGGGGUUGUGGGGGUAUAUUUAGGGUUAGUAUUUUACACAGUCAUACGGGCUUUGCAGUGCAGGGCAGUUAGUGAGGUCCAGUCUGCCCUUAGGAAUAGCAGCUAGGAUUAAGAUACAGAGACACAACUCUAUGAUCUACCAUAAUGAUUGUACCGUGGGCUUCCAGAAAACUGGUUGCCAAGGGGUUUGCAGCUAACAUGGCUGGAAAAGCAUUUCCUGAGCCAGUAUAGACAAAGCAUUAUUUCACUCUUUGACUAGUAGGAUCAAUGUUGCAGCGUUCCCACCCAGCUGAGCCAUGCUGAGCACAUACUAUUACUCCUAGGGGGAUUCUGCACCAAUGUCAGGGUUCCUUCCCCACUCUGAACUCUGGGGUACAGAUG